AUGAUUCUAAAAGGAGGUGGUAUCGAGGAAAUGGUAACGAAUUUUAAUUCGGGUAAACUGCAGUAUGGAAUUGCUGCUGUUUCAGCUUCUGCGACAAGACAGCCUAAAAUUGUGCUUAUCCAAUGGCAAGGGGACGGUGUUCCAGCAGCACGUCUUGCUGUUACUUCGAGACACGGAACAGAUUUAAAAAUCAUUUUGCGAGGCAUUCAUGCAGUUAUAAUUGCGAGGAGUGAAGAUGAUGUUGACAUUGGAAGCAUACAAAAAGUAGUUUCUAAACUAGCUGGCGUUCAAGACACAAAAUUCUCUGAAAAUGGCGAUUUUCCCGAACAAAAAUCAGUAGGCAGUGUCUACCGUCCAUGUAUCUUAGUAACAUCACUUCUUUUUAGAGAUAUAGACGUUGCUGAACGCGAUAAUUUUUGGAAGAAACUUAAAGAGGAGGAAGCUGACCGUUUAGAGGAGGAAAGGCGACGAAUUGAGAAAAAGAACGAAGCAAGUGAAAAGGAGAGGGAAGAACUAAUUCAGACGCUUCAUGAAAAGAUGCAGAUUUAUAGUCAGAAGAAGGCACAAGGCUCUAGUUUUACGAAACCUUCGCCUACUUCAUGUUCAUCUGGAUUUAUUGAAGGGAGGAAGGCUCUGUUUGAACAAAAGGCUGGUCAAUUUCUUGAAGCCCAAAGCAAAGUUCCUCAAAAAAAGCGCGAUGUUAGCGCUAUAAAGCUUCCUUCUACUCAGCAUACACCUCGUAUGCCUGUUCAACCUUCUCAUGUGGAUGAAAAACCCUCUAGUCCGGCGUCUCAGGAGCAUCAAUACGACACUGAUGCUACUGAUUAUUUGUCUGCUCAAAAGGGGAGCUAUUCGUCGCAUUCGGAGGUUUCUGCUCCAUAUUAUAAUGAGGAAGUGUCCGAAGAAGAAUUAAAUUCUCAAAUUCCGCAGGAUAACGUAAUAAAACCACUUUCUUAUUAUGAAGAGCCCCCUGUUGAGACAGCUCCGCCGAGUAAUGCUAUGGUAAGGAUCCGUUUUUACUUAUUUUUGACUUUUGUUACAGCGGACGAUUCUGAAAUUUCUUUUGAUCCUGACGAUGUGAUUACGGAUAUUGAUAAAGUGGAUGAAGGAUGGUGGAAAGGACGUGGUCCAGACGGACGAGUUGGCUUAUUCCCGGCCAACUACGUUAAUCCUAUUCCUUAG